GGGUUAAGAGCAUAUACUGCUCUUGCAGAUGACCAGAGCUUAAUUCCACAAACCCACAUUAGAUGACUCAGAACUGCCUGUCACUCCAGCCCAAGGGACCUGACACCUCUGGAUUCCAUGAGCACCUGCAUCUGACUGUCUGUCCCUAGGAAUGAUGAAGUUGAAUUUGUCCGAACUGGCUAUGGGAAGGACAUGGUCAAAGUUCUCCAUAUUCAAAGGGAUGGAAAAUACCACAGCAUCAAAGAGGUGGCAACUUCGGUGCAACUGACUCUGAGAUCCAAAAAGGAUUACCUACAUGGUGAUAAUUCCGACAUCAUCCCCACAGACACCAUCAAGAACACAGUGCAUGUCCUGGCGAAGCUCAGAGGGAUCAAGAGUAUCGAGACUUUUGCUAUGAACAUCUGCGAGCACUUCCUCUCUUCUUUUAACCACGUCACCCGAGCCCAUGUAUACGUGGAAGAGGUCCCCUGGAAGCGUUUUGAAAAGAAUGGAGUCAAGCAUGUCCACGCGUUCAUUCACACCCCCACGGGGACGCACUUCUGUGAGGUGGAGCAGAUGAGGAACGGACCUCCAGUCAUUCACUCUGGAAUCAAAGACCUCAAGGUCUUGAAAACAACCCAGUCUGGGUUUGAAGGGUUCAUCAAGGACCAGUUCACUACUCUCCCAGAGGUGAAGGACCGAUGCUUUGCUACUCAAGUGUACUGCAAGUGGCGCUACCAGAGACGGGACGUGGACUUCGAGGCUAUCUGGGGUGCUGUCCGGGACAUUGUCCUGCAGAAAUUUGCUGGGCCCUAUGACAAAGGCGAAUACUCACCUUCCGUGCAGAAGACCCUCUAUGACAUACAAGUGCUGUCCCUGAGCCAGCUUCCUGAGAUAGAAGACAUGGAAAUCAGCCUUCCGAACAUCCACUACUUUAACAUCGACAUGUCCAAAAUGGGGCUGAUCAACAAGGAAGAGGUUCUGCUGCCUCUCGACAAUCCGUACGGCAAAAUAACAGGGAAAGUCCAGAGGAAGCUGCCCUCUAGGCUGUGACAAUAUGGCUCCGGCUCAUCGUGGUGCUAGGGAUGACUGUGUGUUUGCCUGCAAAAGCUUUAACUCAGGAUAUUGAUUGCUUUGUUCUGUAUGAAGUAAUUGCUUUUUCGUUCCUAGCUCAACAAGGAGCUUGUAGUUGUGGGUAUGUGGAGCCCCAUAUUAGCAGGCUCAACAUGUUCCACGGUUGUGGGCAGUUUCCUUCAAAAUUACUAGGCAGUGUUAGGAGAAUUGCAGUGAUAUUUCUCCUGUUGUUCUUGUGUUCUCUGCCUUAGUUUGUCUUUAGAAUCCAAUCGUUAAGGAAAUGAUCAUAAAGUGCUGGCUGCUGCCACAUCGAUGAAUCUGAACAUAAGAAGCAAACACUGUCAUUAUCCUAGGAGUACGUUGUGCCGAAAACAUAAUAAAACCAUGUGAACAAAACCCAUUAUAGCGAUUUUAAAAACUCUGGCACUCUGACUAAUGCUCAGCACUGCGGAGGGCAGGUGGGCGGGAAACAACAACCGUAGCUGAGCAACUAUUGGCGUUUGAUUGAGGCCGGAAGAGGGAAAGUCAGCUUUGUUUGGGGCCUGGCACCUGGUCUGCGGGCACCAGGUUGCACGCCUAGAAGUGGUCAGAGAAACCCAAACUGGCCUCAGUGGGAGAGAGAGAAAGGACGUGACACUGGGAGAGUGAGGUAGAUCUGGGAUGGACUGGGAUGGGAGGUGAGGUGUUGUAUAAAAUCCUCGAAUAAUUAAUAAAAUAAUUAUUUUAAAUGUUUAAAACUGCUUUUAAGUUCCUCUACCAGUUAGCACGAAUAAAGAUAAGAACAACAACCAAAAAAAAAACUCCUUUGGCAUUUGUAACUGACGAUUUAUUUCUAGCCUAAUAAUGAUUUUAUGACCUUGUUGUGUUGCUUUUAUG